GCCAUUUGUUGGUGGUAACAGUACAAUGUUGUUCCCACCAUUUCCAGUCCUUUGGACAGCUCUGUGGUAUUAGAAUCGCUUGUCUUCGAUAUAGACCCCAACUCCAGCAGGCACUUCCUGGGAACCCAAAGGCCACUCCGGCCAGGCAAACAGGACUUUUGAAGUGCUGGAAUGAAAAAAAAAAAGAAAAUUUUGUCUGAGGCUUUUGAACUCGUAUUACAGCGUUCAAAGAGCCUUCAAAAUUAAAGAUUAAAGUUUUUAUUCAACUACCUAGAAAACACACCUAAAAAGAGAGGUAUCAAAACAUCAUUUGUGACCAACAGUGAGAAAAGACUUGGAAAAAUCUGAAAGCAGUUUUUCCUAAUAAAAUAAUCUUAGUUACUCUUUUGAGCUGUGUCCCAGAAAGCUGUGGCUUCUCUGACCAGUGAAGUAUCAGUGUCCUCGUGUCAGCCCCUCCAGCAGGCCUAUUGAUAGAUUGCACUGGAGAGGAGAGACAUUUUGCAUUAAGUAGUGCUCCAGCAAUAGCUUGGCAAAGUUCCAGAGAGACUAUUAUCUAUUUGGAAGUUUACCUUCAUCCAUCUCUUCUGUAAAAAUGGAUAUAAAGGUAAAAAAUCGGGACUUCUGGUUCAGUCUCCAUGGCCAAGUCCCCGGGAUGCUGGACUGGGACAUGGGGAAUGAAUUUUUCCUACCUUGUACCACGGAUCAGUGCUCUUUCGCUGAGCAGAGUCUUGCCAAGUAUAAAAUCCAACUGAUAAAACCACCUGCACUGCCUCAGAAGAAGAAAUCCAGUUUUGAUAAUGAUGGUCCUCCCACUGAACCCAGCUUGUGGAUGUGGGUGAAUCCCAACAUUGUGUGCCCCAUCAACAGCAAGUCGGAUUCAUAUCCCAUUCCGAAACUUGUGGUAAGUGCACCACACACUGGCGAGUCUGACUUCUUAGUGACCCAUACAGUGGUACAGUCUCUGCCUGUUUUCUACACUGAGCAUCAUCAGCAACAAAAGCUACCCGUUUACUCCACUGCCCCUGAUGCCAGAGAAAAGGGGAUUAAGGAACAGGCAUGCACAUCCUCUAAGAAACACUCCAAGAAGAACACAGUGUGCCAUGCCCCCCACCGGGAGGAGUCCUGGCCACGCCCUCCUCUCAACUACAGCCAUCUAGUUGCUCUAGCAUUAAAAAGCAGCCCUUCCUGUGGCCUCAAUGUGCAACAAAUCUACAAUUUUACUCGACAACAUUUCCCCUAUUUCCGGACAGCACCAGAUGGCUGGAAAAACACCAUUCGCCACAACCUCUGCUCCCUGACCUGCUUUGAAAAGGUGCCAAUCGACCAUGAAGAUGAGUUAGAAGGAAAACCUCGCUCUUUCCUCUGGAAGCUCACUGAUGAGGGAAACCGAUUCUUUCAGGAGGACACCCGUAUCUUGGCCUAUGCGCGAAGGGAGAGCAUCAAACAGAGCAUGCGCCAACCAGAGCUGAUAGACCUCCUCUUUCAUCUUUAAUGUUUUCUUCUUUUCUCUCUCUCUCUGU